UGCUCAGCGACACGCUGCUCCACUGACCCAGGAGGAUUAACUCUCAGCAACUUUUCCCUCUUUUCUCUGCUGCGGACAGUUAAAACCAAUCCUUGGUGUUUUGGUGAUGAAUCAAAGUCUCUUCCUGCUCGCCGCUCUGCUGUCGAGUUGUUCAGGAGAAUCGGUGCAGACGGUCCUGGCCUUCGCCGGCGGUGAUGUCAUCCUGCCCUGCAGCGUCAUCAUCCCAGACGGCGCCGACUUCCCGACGGUGGAGUGGUCCAAAGAGAAGCUGCAGCCCCACGACGUGGUGCUGCUGUACCGGGACGGCUGCGAGAUCCCGGAGAUGAAGAACCCGGCGUUCCGGUACCGGACCAGCCUGCUCACCAGGGAGCUGAACAACGGGAACGUCUCGCUGAGGAUCUCCAGCGUGCAGCUGGCGGACGCCGGGACGUACCGAUGCAUGAGGCUGUGGAGGAACCGCGUCCGGGACGUCUCCACGGUGGAGCUCCGCGUCGCUGCGCUCUCUGAUCCGGAGCUGUCCGUCACGGCGGCGGAGGGCGGGGGCGUGGCGGCGCUGUGCGAGGCGCUCUGCUGGCUGCCGGUGCCGCAGAUCGACUUCCUGGACGAGCGCGGGAACGUCGUCCCGGCUGAGCAGCCGAAGAGAGACCAGGACGCCCGCGGCUGCUUCACCGUGAGGAGACGAGCCGCUCUGCUCCACGUCCCCCACAGAAUCACCUGCAGAGUUCAACAGACAGAAACCAACCAGACCAGAGAGGCAAAGAUUCACAUUCCAGUGGGCAGGAGGAAGUCGUGUCUCCUCUUCGUCGCUCUCACAGCCGGAGGAACGUUUCUGCUGCUGGCGGUCCCGCUGGGUGUCUUAGUGUUCCUCGUGGUGAAGAGACGUGGGAAGUCUGCGGAGGGCCAGCAGCUGUCAGUGAGCAGGAGUUCGUCAGAAAGCGGAUCUCCUACUGAGGACCGGGUGCUGAUGCGGCGCGUCGGGCCCAGCGGGUCGGAGGUCGUCAUCGAGAUGCUGAAGGUGAAGGUGGACGACCUCCAGACGAAGCUUCAGGAGAAGGACCAGAUCAUCCAGCAGCUGCAGAGCAACAACACCAACAGAGCCCUCACCGGUCCUGCUGGUGGUGCUGAGGACUGCAGACCAGCAGCCCCACCCAGCGCUCCAGAACCUGCAGACGUUCCCCUGGACCAGAAACCAAGACGCUGCUUUUUACGGCAGAACAGUAACCCGUCUCCUGGACGCCCGACCCCCCCCCUCCACCGUAACCAUAGCAGCCCGGCUCUGUUGAACCUCCCGCUGACGGCCGGAGAGAAGAAGCCCGGCCGCCUCAGCCGCUCCAUGAGCGACGCUCACCGCCGGCCCGGUCCGACCGCCAGGACUCGGCGCCGACACUCGUCAGCGUUUCCAUUCACGGCGCCGGUUACCAACCUCGCCACGCGCCUGGACGCCCUGUCGGAAGAGUCGGAGAUGUUGAUAUCAAACGAUGUGUUUGAUUCCCCCAAACUCUAGAAAAGUCCAGGUAACUUUUGCAACCUUUCCUAAACUUCAGUAAAGUGUCAAAACUUACCUUAAGUACACUUUACUUAACUCUAGGAACCUUAAGUACACUUUACUUAACUUUAGUAACCUUAAGUACACUUUACUUAACUCUAGGAACCUUAAAUGAACUUUACUUAACUUUAGUAACCUUAAGUACACUUUACUUAACUUUAGUAACCUUACGUACACUUUACUUAACUUUAGUAACCUUAAGUACACUUUACUUAACUUUAGUAACCUUAAGUACACUUUACUUAACUUUAGUAACCUUAAAUGAACUUUACUAAACUUUUGUUAACUUUAUUUACUAAGCUUUUGUUUACUUUACUAAACUUUUGCAACCUUUCCUAAACUUCAGUAAACUUUAGUGUCAAAAGUAACCUUAAGUACACUUUACUUAACUUUAGUAACCUUAAGUACACUUUACUUAACUUUAGUAACCUUAAAUGAACUUUACUA